UCUUCUUCUAAGCUCGGGAAGCUCCCCGCACGCAGCAUUCGUGACUCUUGCGCAGCAAGAAAAUUCCCUCCUCAUCACAAAUCAAAAUCCCGAAUCUCAAUACAUUAUUACACACUUCAAUCGCCACCACCGCCCAACACCGACCUCGAUGGCGGUGACCGAUGAUGAGGCGGUUACUGCUGCUUCCACCGCCGCCACUCCGCUAGGCUCCUCCGUCAUCUCGCUAGUCAACAGACUACAAGACAUUUUCAGCCGCGUCGGAAACCAGUCCACCAUCAUCGACCUCCCUCAGGUCGCCGUCGUCGGUAGCCAGAGCAGCGGCAAGUCCAGCGUCCUCGAAUCCCUCGUCGGCCGCGACUUCCUCCCCCGUGGCACCGACAUCUGCACUCGACGACCCCUCGUUCUUCAGCUCGUCCACACCAAACCCUCACAUCCCGAGUUCGGCGAGUUCCUCCACUUGCCUGGCCGCAAAUUCCACGAUUUCACCCAAAUUCGCCAUGAAAUUCAGGCGGAAACUGAUAGGGAAGCUGGAGAGAACAAAGGUGUAUCAGAGAAGCAGAUUCGUUUGAAGAUAUUUUCGCCCAAUGUGCUUGAUAUCACGCUUGUAGACCUUCCUGGCAUUACCAAGGUUCCCGUUGGUGACCAGCCUUCGGAUAUCGAAGCGCGAAUCAGAACCAUGAUCAUGUCCUAUAUCAAAAUUCCAACCUGUCUCAUCCUCGCUGUUACGCCUGCGAAUUCGGAUUUGGCGAACUCUGAUGCUCUUCAAAUGGCACAAGUUGCUGAUCCUGAUGGUAAUAGAACAAUAGGUGUCAUCACUAAGCUGGAUAUCAUGGACAGAGGCACUGAUGCCCGGAAUCUGCUACUAGGAAAAGUCAUUCCUCUCCGGCUUGGUUAUGUCGGUGUUGUAAAUCGUAGUCAGGAGGAUAUUCAGAUGAACCGGAGCAUAAAGGAUGCUCUUGUUGCUGAGGAGGAGUUUUUCCGCAGCCGUCCUGUAUACAGUGGUCUAGCUGAUAGUUGCGGUGUUCCUCAACUGGCAAAGAAGUUGAACAAGAUUCUUGCACAACAUAUCAAGGCUGUGCUUCCAGGGCUGAAAGCACGUAUAAGCACUUCACUAGUUGCUCUUGCGAAAGAACAUGCAAGCUAUGGUGAAAUCACAGAGUCCAAGGCUGGACAGGGUGCUCUUGUCCUGAAUAUUCUUUCGAAAUACUGUGAUGCAUUCUCCUCCAUGCUUGAGGGAAAGAAUAAGGAGAUGUCUACAUGUGAGCUGUCUGGUGGAGCACGAAUUCAUUAUAUUUUUCAAUCCAUCUACGUGAGAAGUUUAGAGGCGGUGGAUCCAUGUGAAGAUUUGACUGAUGAUGAUAUUCGUACUGCAUUACAGAAUGCAACUGGACCUAAAUCAGCUCUGUUUAUUCCAGAAGUCCCAUUUGAAAUCUUUGUACGGAGGCAAAUAUCUCGGCUAUUGGAUCCAAGUCUUCAGUGUGCCAGGUUUAUAUAUGAUGAGUUGAUGAAGAUCAGCCACCGGUGUAUGUUUACUGAACUGCAGAGGUUCCCUUUCUUGAGAAAGCACAUGGAUGAAGUUAUUGGGAACUUUUUACGAGAUGGCCUUGAGCCCUCAGAAACCAUGAUCACACACAUCAUAGAAAUGGAGAUGGACUACAUUAACACUUCCCACCCAAAUUUUAUUGGUGGAAGUAAAGCAUUAGAAGCUGCAGUGCAACAGACUAAGCCUUCUAGAGUUUCUCCACCUGUUUCCUUGGAUGCUUUGGAGUCUGAUAAGGGACUUGCCUCUGAAAGAAAUGGUAAGUCUCGAGGUAUUAUUGCAAGACAGGCAAAUGGAGUGGUGGCUGACCAUGGUGUUCGUGGUGCAUCAGAUGUUGAAAAAGUUGCACCAUCUGGAAAUGCUGGUGGAUCAAGUUGGAGGAUCUCCUCCAUUUUUGGUGGACGUGACAACCGUGUUUAUGUGAAGGAGAAUACAUCCACUAAACCUCAUGCUGAACCAGUUCACAAUGUGCAGUCAUCCUCUACAAUUCAUUUAAGAGAGCCCCCUCCUGUUUUGAGGCCGUCUGAGAGCAAUUCAGAAAUGGAAGGUGUGGAAAUUACAGUGACAAAGUUGCUUCUGAGAUCAUACUAUGACAUUGCCCGAAAAAAUAUUGAGGAUCUUGUUCCCAAGGCAAUCAUGCACUUCUUGGUAAAUAAUACAAAGAGAGAGCUGCACAAUGUAUUUAUUGAAAAGCUAUACAGAGAGGAUUUGUUUGAAGAGAUGUUGCAAGAACCUGCGGAGGUAGCUGCGAAGAGAAAGCGCUGUCGAGAACUGCUCCGAGCUUAUCAACAGGCUUUUAGGGACUUGGACGAGCUACCUCUUGAAGCUGAAACAGUUGAAAGGGGAUAUGGUUCGCCUGAAGCAACUGGUUUGCCUAGAAUCCGAGGAUUGCCAAGUUCAUCUAUGUAUUCUAGCAGUUUGGGGGACUGAGUCCGAGAAGUUCUGUUUGUCCCUAGAACCCCAAGUCUGAGCCUUCAAAUGGAAGUGGAGGGGCUUAAUGUCAGGUUUUAGUCCCAUAGCUGAUGAAUGAGCUAGCUGAUCGUACUUGUUGGUCCAAGAAAUUUUACUGGAAGCAUUUAAUUCAUUUGUUUUUUCUCACCCAAAUUUUGGGGGUUGGAACUCGGCUUCCGGGAACUGGACUGCAUUCGAUUACUAUUUCUAACUAAAAUGGUCCUGCAAUGUUGGUCACUGUCAGUGCUUUCUUUGUGUAAGUUCCCUUUUAUUAUCAGUGUACUGUUGGCAUUAUAGGGUCCAGAAAGAAUAACAGGAGUGGUCGAUCUUUCACAUCUGAGAGUCAUUUUUUUCACUAUAUUCAAAUAUAUACCAGUUUUUCA